UCCCAUAAUGCACGCGCCCAUCAGCUCCUGCUGUCUGUGUUUAGAGGGAAAGAAACAGCAGGCCCGAAACAGACACACUUUAUUGAACAAAAAAAAUAAGUUAUCCUCUGCGAAUAGUUUUUGAGAGUUCUUCGAGGUAUGGCUAGGAAACGAAUUUUUUAUUAGCGUCCUUGCGAGAUGUAGAAUGGAGGAAUGCAUGAGAACUGCAACUUUAGCGCGGAUCAAAAGUUUCUGGGAGGGAGUAAUAGUGGACAUGCAUUUUCCGGAGGUCUGUCAAGAUAAUGAAUGUGCUUUUGUGAGUCUUGAAACAGAAGACUGAACAUGCAAAAAAACAAUCUUCAUUCCGAAGAAAAAUCACCUGUUGGAGCUUCUUCUCAGAUGUACAGUGACAUACUCCCUGAGAAAUAGCCAUAUAUGUGAGAAAAUGUUUCAUGGCAAAGACCAGCUAAACAGCCACCUGCAAAACUACGACUCCAACAAGCAGGAACUGCGGUGCGAGGAAUGCGGAAAGCAUUACAACACUCGCCUGGGUCUCAGACGCCAUGUGGCAACACAUGCCACCUCUGCCAGCGGUGACCUCACUUGUAAGGUCUGUCGUCAGGCCUUCGAGAGCAUGCCGGCGCUACUCGAGCACCUGAGUACGCACACCGGCCGGCCACCUCCGGGGACUGUGGUACGAGAAAGGAAGCAUCAGUGUGAACGAUGCGGCCGACGCUUCUUCACUCGCAAGGAUGUGAGGCGCCAUGCAGUGGUGCACACUGGCAGACGGGACUUCCUGUGCCCUCGUUGUGCCCAACGCUUCGGCCGUCGCGACCACCUCACCCGACACCUGAAGAAAAGCCACGCGCAAGAUUUUGAGACCCUUCCUCCGAUGCCCAUUAAAGAGGAGCCCAGUCCUACCGUGUGCUCUGUUGGAUCUCCGAAAGAUGCCACAGAGGCAUUUUCCAUGGCCAUGUUCAACUCUCAAGGACUUCCGAGCACAUCUACCUCAGGGGUCAAUCAUCACCAUCACACGAUGGUGUCUGGCCCCCUUUCUAACCCAAUGGGUGUGGGCUGCUACCUUGAGCCAAACAAGCCUCCUCCGCAGCAGUACCAGCAGGCUUCCAGAUAUCAGCCGGGUUCCACUACCUCAUAUCUGAAAGCAGAGAUGGAGACCUUCUUGACUGAGCUCCAGUGUGGGCCAAUGCCACCGCAGGCUGCCGUAGCGUCUGCCGUCUCCCGACCUGGCGACCUUCUCCCUGAUACUCUGGGAGGUCAGAGUGCCCAUUUCACUCUCAGGAACUCGGCGUUCACCUCAGCUGAGCCGCCUACCACCUCUGCCAACAUGGACCUCUCGCACCUGUUGGGCUUCCUGCCGUUUGGCCUGCCUCCCUACAGCACUACCUUGGGAUACUCAAGCACCACCAACGCUGUGUCCCCAAGCUCUACCUCUCAGCUCUCUGGGCCGCUUACCUCAUUUCAGCCACAGUCACUGCAUGAGCCUCAGGCUUCAGGGCACUUAAACCAGAUCUCUGGUUUUUCUCCAACUCUACCUCGAUUCCAUCAGGCCUUCCAGCAAUGAUGUGUCCACUAUGACCUGCCAGUCAAACGCGACAGUUCUGUUGUGUCAUUGCCAAGUAGUUUUUAGGUAAUGACCUGGAGAUGAAGUUCAUUGGGUGCGAGGUCCUCAGAUGCAUCCUGUAGAAUUAGAUGAAAGGAUCAAUAGGAUAGAUGAAGUUUUGCUUUUAGUUUGAAUAGUUAAACUUUGUGGUUUUUCCUAGAGGGUCUUCAGAGUAACUGUUUUGUAGUGAUAAAUGAACUUAUAAAAUUCAUUAAAAAAAAAAAAAAUGAAACUGAAAAGUUAGCAAAAGAAAUACCUCAGUAUUUUUGUCAAGAAGAAAUUUAUGCUAUUACAGUGUUCUCCGUUGUAAAAUGAAGCACUUUUUUAUCAACGGCACU